GUCCACCCGUCUCGCCCGUUUUUGCUGCUUUUGAGUUCGCAGUGACGGUUAGCCCCUGGUGUAGGCCUCACCUGCUCGCCGGGCUUGAAAUUACCUAGCAGAGCCAUGUUGGGAAGGCUUAAGUCAAGGAAAUCAUAUUUAGAUGUAUCCAAGCAUCGUGUUUCCACUGGCACCUCAAGUAAUACAGUUGCUUUCCCAACUACUAGCACGAAUCAUGAAGCUGCAUCACAGCACAGACUUUCACUCCUGACCAGAAAAAGUCCAGCAGCAGGAUGUUCAAAAAAGCUACUGCCUAAAUUGAAACAGACUAUUAAUGCUAACAACUUGAAAGCUUUUGAGAAACAAGUGCCAAGAACACCAAGUGUCUCCACUGUCAAAAAGGGGCGUUUUAGCACAGGCUCCUUCACUCUAAAUUCUACUCAAACGUUGGAUGAAAAAGUGGAUACUGAAUUCAAAACAGAUGCGCACUCCAAUGAAAAUUCUUUGAAUGCAACGUUUUGCCUACCAAGUUCUGAAGCCACAUGUAUGAGGCACAUUCCUCAAAAAGAAGAUUUGGAUAUGAUCCUACAUCAAAACUUGCCCAACGUUGGUAUUUCUAAAGGUAGACCUGAACAGGAACAAAUAGAAUCAAACGUUUGCCCUCUUCCUCUUGUAGAACCAAGUAACUUGACACCUUUAUUCACCAGUUUCAUUGCAGAAGAAUGUCUACAUAUAGCUGCUGAAUUAAAUGAAAAAAGGGAAACCUAUCCUCCUCUUACACUUGGUACAGCAAAUCCAAUUCCAGUGACUGGUGUUUCCAUGAUAAGUGAGGAACCAAUACCAUUGGAUAGUUCUAUCUACUCCUGCUGCUGUUCUAACACCUCUCCAGCAAAAUUGGCACUUCUCUGCCACUCCAAAUUGCAAGAAAAUAUCUUGGAGGAUAUGAGUAGUCAGCAAAAACUAGCAGAAAUCAAAACUGGAGACUUAACUGUUGGUACUAGAAUGAGUAAUGACUAUAUUGAGACUGGAGCUCUGCCUUGGUCCCCUCCAGAAAAUUUGAUACAAUUCAAUGAAACUAUAACACAAAGUAACUUAAAUGAUGAGGAAGAUACUGCUCUAAAGCAUGAUGUUUAUUCUAGCAAUGUCCUGAAUGAGUCACCUCUAUCCAAUGUAGAGUAUAUCCAGUUAAAUGUACCUAAAGUGAUGAAUGAUGCAUCAAUCACAUUUUCAGACACAAAGAAUGAUGCCUCUUCAUGUUUUGUGCCAGCCAAGAUCCAGUCUAAUUCCAAUUUGUCCCUUUCGAAGGUAGAUUUGGUAUUGAGUGAAAGAAGCUUGUUAAGUGAUGAAAAACAAAUUUUACCAAAGCACAGAAGUUUUGAAAAUGAACUUGAGCCACCUGAUUUGUUAGGUUGCACGCCGUCUCUCUCUUUGUCAACAGAUUUAAUCCAGUUGGAUGAUACAGUAACAGUGCAAGAUAAAAAUGUAACAUUUGUUUUAUCAAAGGACGAAAACAGUUUUCAAAAAAGCCUUCAGACUUCUGCCUUAUCUAAUUUUAAGCAGUCCAUGUCUCCACAAGAUUUAUUGCAAUUAAAUGUUACUAUGAAUGUGGAUGACUUAAAAAAUGCAACUUGUGAUACCUCAAAAUAUAAAGAUUUAGGAAAUGAUCUCCGUUGCAAGCUGCCUGUAUCCAUGAGGGAAGAGAUUCAAUUAAAUGCUACCAUGAUUUUGAAUGACCAUAAAAAUGCAACAUUUAUUGCUUCAAAGCAUGAAGGCUGUCUUACAAAUGAUAUUUUGUCUAAUUUGGAACAGUCUCUAACUACAACCAACCAAGAUGAGUUAAAUAGGAUAAUAACUGUCAGUGAUUGCAAGGAUGCAACAUUUGUUGCACCAAAACUUAAAGAUAGUUUGGCAAAUAAUCCAAACAAAACAACCAACUUGGCCGAUUACAAACUCUCUCUAUCUUCAGAGUCCAAUGAAGUCAGACUGACUCCAAAGAAUCUUAAGCUUGUGAGAAAAGCUGAAGCUCUGACUUCUGGAUCAGAGUUGGAGCAAGUAAAGAUGAGUGGCAAAAAUAAUCACUCCAGUUUGUCGCUGAACUUCGGGAAGGGCAGUUAUUCUACAGGUAUGGAGAAACGAUCAAAUGAAGUAAAGCCAGGUGAUGUCUGCAUUUCUGUAGAAUUGCAUAAAGGAGCUUGUGCAGUAGAAACAAGUCUCCCUUUCAUAGACUCCUCCCAGAAAAAGGAACAAAGUAUUUGCGAGCAUGCAGAUUCCUUUCAUGAUCUGGUGAGUUCAGAAUGGGCUCCAAACUGCAUUUCUACUCCAUGCCUUGCUGGGAAAACUACUUUUCCAGAAUAUCUGCAACUUGACCGUUCUUUCCUGGCCUCAUCCUCCACCCUUCAGGCUGAUGUAAGUGAUGGAUUGGGCAAGUGCCCAAAUGAACAAGACAAGACCAUAGAUGUUGCCAAAAGCUCUGGCACUGAAGUCACUGAAGCUAAAUCCAGUGGUAGAAAAACAUCAAAUGCACCUAGCCAACGAUUGCAGCAAACCAAAAUGGGAAGUGAGAAUUCCUUAAAACUCAUUUAUCUCCCAGCAGCCAAAAAGAAAAAUAUUACUGAAGCAUCAGUGUCUGAACUAUGCAAAUCUGGAGUUCAGAAGGAUAUUGUACCAUCUUCAGCUCAAACAUGUAAAAUAGGCUCUUCUGUCAAAAGAGGAAAACCUUCAAUUCAACCACCUGGUUUUUCCAAGUUGUGCCUUCCAAAGCCUCGUCAGCUUUCAGGAAGGCUGGGCCGUGCAGUAGCAACUGGACAAAUGUUAGGAAAUAACAACAAGAUUCCACCAUACCACAUUAGAGUCAAUACCAAAAUGUCUCCCAAAAUCAAAUCUACGCCUCCUUUAACUAAAGCUAUCUCAAAGAUACCUGGCGUGAAGAGAACAUCUUCAGUGGUAUCGUCAAAAUUAACUGUGUCGGAAACACAAAAAUCAGCAGAACUUUUUAAUAUAGGUAUGGCUGACCCUCCACCUGCUAUCAGAAAAACAAGCAAACCUUUAGUUUUAGACUCCCAAAAUGUUGUGACUGGCAUAAAACGCCCAAACAGUGCAGUGGAACAGAAGAGAAGACUAUAUCCAUCCCCAAAGAGGUCAAAGACAGCUGCUACUUUUGCAGGUGAGGUGGCGAUCAAACAGACAAAACUAAAACAGUUACUGGGGAACUCUAAACAGAAGAUGACAAGAAAGAGUCUGACAUCUGAAUCAAAAGUCAAAGUGGUUAAAACUGCAACAGAGGCGUCAACAUUUAAAUCCAAGCAGGAACUUGAAGUGGCCAACCUUCAGAAAAAAAACAAAGAGUUGGAGGAGAAAAUUGCAAUGUUGGAACGACAAAAUGCUGCUCUUCAGCAGGAGAAAGAGAAUCUUGCUCUCGUCCUGGAAGAAGGAUCCAUUGUCUAGUACCCAUUGUCCAAUUACUUCACAUUUUCAAAUAUGUUAGGAUCUUACAAACCAUUCAAAGGAUGUGUAAUAACCUUUUCAAUCUUUAAUUAUGUGUCUCUGGUCAAAUGUAUAACUGGGCAAAAUGCUAGUUUGUUAGCUAAUUCUCGAGAGAGUUUUUGUAACCAUGUUGAAUUUUAGCCCCAAGGAUUGCAUAUUCUGAAUCAUGACUAAAACCUGUGAAAAUCAUCAUGUUGCUUCAAUAUUUAAUCUGUGGUCUCCAUCUAACCUUGCUCUUUUUAAAUGUGUGUAUACAAUGUAUUUUUUAUAAAUGUUCAAAAUAAAUAAAAUUUAUCAA